UACUUUGGAACACCAGCACCAACCAUUCGGGGCCUUCAUCCCUGGCAACGGCCAAGCGCGGCUUUGCCUUUUUCAGGCCUUCAUCCAUGGCAAUGGCCAAGCGCGGCUUUGCCUUUUUCACCGGUUGUGUCUGGGGAAUUCUAUGAGAGGCAUCUUUCAUGGGUGGGCCUGCUGGGACUUACAUUCCACCCUCUGCUUCUCCUUUAAGCUAUCUGGAAAAAGUAAUGUGGAUCUUGUGAGGACAUGUGUCAGGGGUCACCAUUAUUGCUUAGUAAUUAUCAGUUCUUACUGAAGAAUUCUAGGAUUCAUGCUUGUCUUUACAAUCUAGGAAACCUGGUCCUGAUUCCACCCCCUAAAUUCCUAUCCCCAUUUUUCUGAUAGCUCAAAAGGAGAAAGAGAUGGUGGGCUGAAACUUGAUGCUGAUAAUCUGAUGGAGGUGGUUAAGAUGAUGCUGUUUCUUGAGCUAAAUUCAACAGGUCCACAUUCUAUGGAGUGAUGAGGUUACUCGUUGAUCCCUCGCUAUCAGAUGGUGGUGACUCGGUGUAGGGUGUAAUACCUCCAGUCGAGUUUGCUCCCUAUAAUAAAUCCCCACGUGUCAGUAGUCAUCAGCUGGGAAACUGCGUGCCCUCCCGUCAAUGCCACCACCCUCCCAUGCCCAUGGUUUUUCCUCCUCCUUUCCUGCGGGCUGCUCAUCACCACCACAACCCAAGAUCUCCACCGUCUAUCUGAGUCCUCUAUCCAACUUAUUAAGAGACCCGCUACCACAAAAAAUAGAACCAAAAUAUGUGUCGCUCCUUUGAAACGCGGCUUCGAGAUCCUGAAAUCGCCGAUAUUUUGGCGAUCAAAACAUUCAAGAUCCGCCUCAGCAUCCCCGCCGUCCAUCUCCCCAUCCCCGACACCCUAACACUACUCUACCCGCCGAGAAAUCCAGACACCAGGCUUGAGGUCAAUAAAUCGCCGAUCCGGCCAAAAGACUAUGCCUCCGUAUCCCUUGCACGUGUGAAAUCCCCCGGGAAAUCGCUCGAUGAAGCUGUUUUCACAAGUAGGGAUGAAAUGCGUAUAGGAAGUGGCAUGUGUUUCGAGGUGCGUGUGGGAGGAGCGAGACUCGCACGCGCGUGGGUCCUGAGAGCUGGGAUGAGGUGGUGGGUCGAGUGCGAAACCUUUGAAUCAGGUGGGCUCGGGCUAUCGAGCAUGGAAGUGUGGAUGUUGGGCCCAAAUGCGCUCAGUCUCAUGAGCCUGAAGGUCGGCUCGCUAGGUUCAUUGGGUUCGUGUGGGUGCGAUGCUUUGAGCUUAGAAGAAAUGGAGUCCUGUGCUUGUGAUGCACCGAACCAAGAACCGGAUUUGAGUGGGCUUGGGUUGUAUAGCCAAGAGGUGGGUUCGAGGAGGAAAAAGGGCAUGAGGAGGCGGCAUGCCGUGUGGCUCGACGAUAUACCUGAGGACUCGGAGGUUGGAUUCGCACAUGCCAACAACUAUCUGGGUUUGGCCCAUGUGGAUUCGAACUCGUUUUGGGAUUCGGUGCGCACUGGGGAGUAUGGGAACAUUACCGGUAAGGAGGACUGCGGCGAGUCCACACGUGCAUCCGGUUUGAUUGGGGAGUGGGUCGAAUUGGCACGUGCGGAGAUUUAUGGGGAGAGUGAGCGGGUGGGGAAGUGGGUAGAUAUUGCGUUCGUUGUGGGGGCGGCCAUGUGCUUGGGGGUUGGCUUCUUGGUUUCUUCCGCUUCUUACAAGCGAUUGUUUAGAUUCGUGUAGUCUCUCUCCAGUCUAAACAAUAAAAAAAAAAACGUUUGUUUAGACUCGUCUAGUCUCUCUCCAGUCUAAACAGCAAAAAAAAAAAAUACGAGUGAGAGAGUCUGGGAGAGGUUAGACUCGUUAGUCUAUCUCAAUGUACAUAGAGAGAGAAAAUCUAGCUUAUAUCUUUCUUGUGUUUUUUUUCCUCUGAUUUUGUGAAUCAAUAUUUAUUUUUCACCAUAAUUUUGUACUCCUUUGGGAAUCAGUACUUAUUUUUCACCAUAACUUUGUA